GGAGCUGACUUGUUUUUGUUUUGCGUCUUCCUUCCGUGGCAGGCUUUCAUGAGAAAGACGGUAAGGCCUAUUGUCGCAAGGAUUACUUUGACAUGUUUGCCCCGAAGUGUGGAGGUUGUGCCCGGGCCAUCCUGGAAAACUAUAUCUCUGCCUUGAAUACCCUCUGGCACCCUGAGUGUUUCGUCUGCCGGGAAUGUUUCACUCCCUUCGUUAAUGGCAGCUUCUUCGAACAUGACGGGCAGCCUUACUGUGAGGUGCAUUACCACGAGCGCCGUGGUUCACUGUGCUCUGGGUGCCAGAAGCCCAUCACAGGUCGCUGCAUUACUGCAAUGGCCAAGAAAUUUCACCCGGAACACUUCGUCUGUGCCUUCUGCCUCAAGCAGCUCAACAAAGGAACCUUCAAGGAGCAGAACGACAAGCCCUACUGUCAGAAUUGCUUCCUGAAACUCUUCUGUUAAAAGGCCGAAGUCAGCACCUGUUUUUGCUGUCUUUCCGGGAAGGACCCGCCUCUUUGGACAUGGCCACAAUUCAGCAACCUGUGGGCUGAAAGAGGAGAAGAGGAAAAGGAUGUGUGCGCGUGGUGUACGUCUGUGUGUGGUGUGUGAAUGCUGCCAGGGGUUGGGAUGCCGACCUGCUGCUCUGGAAAGAUGAGGAAUCCAGAGAGAGAAGCACCAUAGUCCAUUUAGUUCAAAGCUGUAUUUUUAGCAGGGGAAUGCUGACGGCUGCUGCUCAAGUAGCAGAUUGACAGCUGAGCCCCAAGCCAAGGGGGUUGGUUCAUUUGGAUGGGUCUUAACAGACAAACCUGGGCUGGUUGCACGGUGUUUUCUUGAUAGUGAAGAUUCAAACAUCUGCACAAAUGGGAUUCAGGCUGGGGACAAGGGAUUUGCAUUCUUCUCUCCCAGGAAUACAUGGGAGAAUCAGGAGAGCUGAGAUCCCACUUUGCAGUGAUGCAAAACGAGGGCUGUAUUUGUAGGUGCUGAUGUGUGUGAGAUUCUCUGUAAUGGUGUCAGUGGAGGAGACAUAGGGUAGACCCUCUUUCUAGCCGUUGUCUGUGAAUCUGAAGUGUUAAGAGGGACACCAGGUAUUCUGCCAUCAUAUGUAUGCACAGGAUGAAGUAUUGAUUCUUUGUGUACAUCUGAGCCUGACCUGGUUGGGGAGGGCGGGAUAUAAAUUUAAGCAAUCAGUCAAACAAAAUAAAUCUUGUCUCUUGAAAUGGAGACAUCUCUCUUUUCUGGGAUGCUAAAUUCUCCAUUGUUGGUAUCACCCAAUCCCAGACAUUCUCCAUGGUGGGCAUAAAAGAAUAAUACAAUUAUUUGUAAAAUGAAAUCCAGACGAGCAGGUCAUUCCAGCCCUCCUGUUGAAUGAAGUUUUCAUGCCAGGGUGCAACACAUUUCCCCCAGAAGGCAAGAGAAAUUUAAGCUUAUAUCAGCACUAGCUUUUCUCUGUCCUUAAUAAACAAAGUCUCUCUGCUCUUGUUUAACAUGGCCUUUUGAGGCAGACUUCUGAGCAAUAAUUAUUUCAUUGUAUUGUUGAAGGCUUUCACGGACGGAAUCACUGGGAUGUUGUGUGGUUUCCGGGCAGUAUGGCCGUGUUCUAGUAGCAUUUUCUCCUGACAUUUCGCCUGCAUCUGUGGCUGGCAUCUUCAGAGGAUCUGAAUUCUUUCAUUUGUUGGCUUGCUACUUUAAUGAAUCCUUCAGUUCUCACUCUGCAAUGGUUUGGGUGGGAGAGACUGAUUUUUGCUAGCCACCCGAAUACUGUGGGCUUAGGGGGGUGGGGUGGGUCUGGGUGAGGGAAUAUUGAUUUCUACACUGAGUAUUGUAUUAGUAACAGGAUGACUUUUUACAAAUAUCUUGUAUGGAAAUUUAGUUUUUUUAAAGAAAUGAUUUUCAACUGAUGACUUUCAUAUCUGAUUGUUCUGGGCGGGGCCCCAGGUGUGUUGGUUUCUGCAUCUUAUAGCUUCGAUGCUUUUCUUAAACACAACUAUCAACAUAACUAUUGUCUUUUUUAAAAAACUGGGGGGAGGGAAAGAAGAGUGUGCAAGCGGCAUAUGUGUAUGUUUGUGUGAGAGACGGAUUGAGUUCUUUUUUUUUUGCUUAUUAAGUAGCUUUUGUAUUGAUCAGAGCUCAACUGGAAAUGAUUUUUAAAAAAAAUAACCUGUAAACUGCUGUAUUUGGAAUUGCUCACCUUUCUCUCGAAGCUAGAGUGCUGGCAUUUUUGGCGUGUCUGAAUUUCCUGCAAUAGGGAGAAAGAGCUCAAAGCUAACCUAUCUGGGGUCAAGCUUCAUCAUCUCUGUCAGCAGCUAAUGUUAGGCCCCAGAUAUCAACACCCCAUAUAAUGCUACCGUGGUGGUGGCGGCCUGCCUUUUUUGGUCAAAUGUGCCAAAUCUCAUGCCUAAAGUGUCAGAGACUGCAACACUAGAGUGCAUUGAAGUAUGUCUUCGUGCACGCACGCACAUUGGUGCCUUAGUGUACUUUUGUUGCCACUGAGCAUGCAAAAAAGCAAGAAGCAAGGGAGACAGGGACAGAAGUACUGACCUGGAUUUAUGCUACAGUCCAUCCCUGGAGGUCCUUCUAGUCUAGUCCAGGGAUGGCACAAGUACCUUUGUCCUGUGCUACCAACUUCUUCUGCCAGCUGGUCACUCCUGCGUUAGUCUCUGUGGGCUUCCUGUCUCAGAGGGCAAUUAUCUAAACCAAAUGUUGGGGCGCAGUUAAGCAAGCUUCAGUUUUGCAAACUGAGAACCAAAUUGAAGAGGAUGAACUGCUAUCUAUAACAAAGUAAUUUUGUACGUGGCUGCAUUUUAGCCAGCUUAUGUAAGUUGUCCGUACCCAGUUGUGUCUCCACAUGGAAUGGGGAAUGAAGCAACACAACGGCUUGCAAAAAUACUGCCAGACAUUGGGCAGUUUUGAGAGCAAUCCAUUAGGUUAGUGGGAUGAAGUGUGGAACAAAGAGUGAAGACAGACAUAUCUGGGUGGAUCCAGACCUCCUCCAAGUACCAUUCCUCUAGCCUUAGAAGGCUCCCUCCACUUUAAGUGCCUUGUCUCCAAUAGAAGAGCCACUUAAAUUAGAGGAGGGCGUCAGGCUUGAACAAAAAGGAAAGGUGAGGGCAAUGUUGUUUUAAUUAAAAAAACCCUAUGCUCAGUGAAGCGGUAGGGUAGGAUCCAUCCCAUCUUCUUCCAAGAGCUAACCAGGCUUCAGGGUAAGCUCUGCUUUUCCCCUCACCUCACUUCUACCAUCAAACUUAUCUGGUUCAGAUGCCAGCACAUUUUUUUUCUUCCUUCCCCUCAAACCUCUGGCAAGAUUUCAGCCUUUUCUUUCCCAAAUACCUGGCUUAUUGGUCCAGAGUAUCUGGCACUAUUAUUAUUUUUUUUAAAUACAGAAUUUGGAGCAUUGCUCUGAUGAAUUGCGGAGGGGGCAGGGCACGGCCUUGUGAUUGUCACAAAGCCCAGCCAAUCAACACUGUGUACAACAAAUAUUCCCUGGAAACUGGAAGAACUAAUUUCUCCUUUUCGAAGUUUGCUUUGCAAGUUUUUAUGCCUGUUUGAAAAAGGGGCAAAUGCAGCCGCACUGAAGAUAUGAAUUCUGUCUUCACCCUGGGGAGUAAAUGUUUGCAGACAAUUGGAUUGUUUGGGCUGUAGAGGUUUGUGUGAAUUUGUACCUUUUGGAAACUUGGGACAUUUUAUCUCUAGUACUGGAACCUCAUGGAAGUGGCAAUUGACUGUCAGACAAAGAUGUGCCAUUGUUUUAUCUGGAGAAAAAUAUUUUCUGCCCUCCAUAAACUUUUGCCUCUUUAGGCCUUUAUUUAACUCUUGUAAGAUAACAGAAUGAAGCAAGUCUCAAAGCUACAACAGUUUUUGGGUGGGGGAGAUUCUCCUGUGGGUUGAUAUUUUCUCUCUCCCCUACCCUUCUACUUUAUAAACUUCUGCCUUUCCCCCCCUUUUUAAAUUCCUGUGAUUAUGCUAAUAAAAUUUUGCCAUAA